AUGGGCCGUAAAGCGGCACCGCAGCCACUGGCGCUUCCCUCCCAGUCUUCGCCUCAGGCCCAGGCACAAUCCCAGUUUGGAUCUGACGCUGCUUUACGUAGCAGAGACGACCCGCCAAAUGCUGAAACCGUUUCUCCAGCUGUGUCGCCAGUCGAAUCCAAAUCGCCCCGGUCUCCCCGCUCCUCUCCUUUCCAUAGUCGAUUCUCGCCCUUGAGAAAUCAAAGUGGGAAGCAGAAGAAAGUGUCACAUACGACUGCACCAACAGCAACGGCCACUGCGGACGGAAAACCAUCAUCGUUAACCUCAACGCCAAUAUCGGCGACAGUGCCAGUUCUCGCACCACCUCCACCCACAACAGCAACUGCUCAACGACCCUCAACUUCUACAACCUCUGCCGAAUGGGAUAGACAAAGGUCCGCACCAAGACUGCCACUACGGCAAACGCGCGACGACCCCACAGCUUAUCCCUCCAUAUCUUCUACUCUACAAGACAAGCUCCCCAGCCCACCAGCGACUACGACUACCGCACAGCCUGAAGUAGUGCAGCCAUCAUCAGGCGACGUGAAGAAGGGAACCAAGAACGGUUUCUUCCAUUUUAAUAAGCCCUCUAAAUAUUCCAACCAGUCUCAGCCGCAUGGUCAGCAUCGCAAUCAAGCAGAGGCGAGAGCUCAGAUAAUGUCGCGGGGUAGCGACGGACCCAAUCGACCAAGACACGGAGAGAAAACCGACACACCUAACCACACUCUACACAAACCCGUCUCCGCCGAUCCUUUGCGAAGCGAUUUGUCUGUCUCAUCUGCUGGUGACUACGAGACUGCUUCACCUCAGUCCUUGACAAAAAAAGCAAGGUCGAAGCCUUUUGGCAUAUUGAACCGCAGUCGGUCCAAUCGCGACAAAGAGGAGGCUAGCCCCGAACUGAAACCCGCCAUUUCACCUCGGCAGGGCACCGAACCUGAAUUACACCUCAACUCUGUACCAUACAAGACCGAGAAUCAAGGAGGCGACCGGUCACUUCGAGGCAAAAUGAGUUCCGCAAACCGAAAUCGAUCUGAAGACCGCGCGCCAAGAGAUACAUCUUCGACCAGAAGGGCGCAACGCGACAAAGAAUCAAAAACCCAACCCUCUUCCCUAAACGAGAAUGGGGGCUCCUUCUUUAACGGCCUAAAGAGCUCGGGAACGCGUGCGGCUGGCAUGCUUAGUGACCGCUUCUUCAACAAGAGUGGACGUAGUGGUCGGGAAGAUAAGGAUGCGCUGGAUGAUGAACACUACCAGCUCAAGGUCAUCAACCUACCACUCGUUGAGCAAACACGGUUGACGAGAAUCUCCAAGAGACUGGAGGAUUCGAGAGACAAGACGGAGUUUUGGAUGCCCGCCUUCCCAUGGAGAGCCAUCGAUUAUCUGAACUAUAAGGGAUGUGAAGUCGAGGGUCUAUACCGUGUUCCAGGCAGUGGUCCUCAGAUCAAGAAGUGGCAGCGCAAGUUUGAUGAGCGGUACGACGUGAACCUUUUUAAUGAGCGUGACUUAUACGAUAUCAAUAUCAUUGGAUCAAUGCUCAAGGCCUGGCUGCGGGAACUACCAGACGAGCUGUUCCCUAAGGCGGCACAGGAUCGAAUUGCAAGGGAGUGCGCAGGCUCAGAGGAAGUCCCCGAACUUCUUAUUGAGGAGCUCUCGAAUCUCUCUCCCUUCAACUACUAUCUUCUUUUUGCCAUCACAUGCCACCUCAGCCUUCUCCUGGCCCACUCAGACAAGAACAAGAUGGAUUUUAGGAAUUUGUGCAUUUGCUUUCAACCGUGCAUGAAGAUCGACGCAUUCUGCUUCAAGUUUCUGGUCUGCGAUUGGCGCGACUGUUGGAGAGGAUGCAAGAACGAGGCCCAGUACAUCGAGGAGGAAUAUGUCAUCUUUGACCAGCCUCCGCCCAGGGGUCUCGCCGAACCCAUGAAACCAAAACCUCAAGAGGAAACAGAGGACGAUCGACAGCAUCUCUCUUCAUCGGGGAGCAGCAAGCAGUCAGGCCGCCUCAGCCUUGCUGACCAGAAAACAAAGCUGAAGAAGAAACAGCUCCAGAUAUCCCCCUCAAACGGGAGCGUUGUCUCGAACAACUCGUCCGCCCCAACCACCUUGACCAUCAACAGCGAGCGCGAGGUGGGUAGAGUCUCGACCGAUAUAAGACCGUUGUCACCUAUCAUGCCGCUGUCGCCCCUUGGCUUCUGA